UGUCGUCGAACGUAGUCAAAAAAUAACCGUGGGUCUCAAUCGUUACCCACUGUCAGUCCGCAUUAUUCCGUAUGCGCUGCGUGUCAAUUAAGAAAAAAACACUCGUACCGUAUGUACGCGAAAAUCCACGCUCCUUUCAUGUUAUACAAAUGCAGCACGGGUUAAAUCUCCGUGAGGAAAAACGACAUUUCAAUGAGGGGUUUUCAAAUGAUGGGACCUACUUGGGGGGCAGAAGAAGUGUUGGACAAUCCCCCUGAGGUUCAAUUUCUCUUGCUGAAAUAAUACACUGUGGUGAGUUCACCACGACAGGUAUUGUUUGAGACUACGAGAGUCCCCUCUCUAAGGCUGUUGAAAUUGCUCCGACUUUCGUAGCGAAGGCGACGAUGAUGAUGAUGAUGAUGAUGGUGGUAAUGAAUUUGCUUGACGGAGGUAGCACGCAUCUCAUACUUCGACUCAUUCAAAGAUCCCCGGCUCCGGUAACAAAACACGUUGGGCAAUAUAAAAAACCCCACAGGAUGCUAAGAAGAUAUCGUGCUAACAAACAGAAAGUACAUGCCGAACUCUAUGUAGAUGCCAGUCUGCUUGAAUGGUGCUAUCUUUACUCAUGUUUACUAUAUAUGUUUAGUUCGCGAGCAAAUCUCAUACCAGUAUUUACAUCAUGAAGCCAGGUAGAAAGUGCUACGUAAAUACGUGUACAACAAUCGGGAUGGGCAUAUGUAUCGUACAUAAAAUAUCAGGCCAAUUCGAAACAGCCUAGCAUUACACAUCGUGUUGUUGGCGACGCCUUCUUGUAUAUACGAUAUUCGAAAGCAAAGAAAGAAAGGAGGAAGGAAGGUAUUACGUCGACUACUGGAGAUAACACGCGGAAACGGCAUGUAUGAAAAACCAUUGAAAUAGAGGCUGAUGUAUUAGCUAAAACAAUAAAUGCAUUUGUUAACGUUUCUUGCUAAGGUGCGAGCGUUUGGCUGUUCCGUUCAGUAUUUCAUCGUAUCGUUCGAUUCACCACGAUAUGCGUUACGUAUCAAGGGUUCCUUUCUUGGGUCCGCCAUUUGCUUUUAAAUAGUUCUCGUGUUGACCAGUAUAUGCGUUGAAAAUAGCUAUCAUGACAUAUUUCUACGCACUAUUCGGACAUUCUGAUCUGUCGUAAAGGGUACUGAUCUCGGGUUCAUAUGCGCCCGCGUUUUUCGUUUCGUAAGAUACCAUCCGUUGCGACAAUGACAAUAAGGUGCCUGAUCCAGUGGUGCAAAUGGUAACAACGAAGCCCCCGAUCUUCGAUGAAUAUAGCAACAAGCGCUAGUUGGCAUAGCCGUGCAUUACUGUAGUACUCCAUUGUUGUCCUCGGCUUGUAGGAACCACUGCAUGCGUUCAGCUUGGCGUAAUUUUGUGCAUAGUGGUUCGUCUGUAAAAGGAUUGGGCAGCUUUCACUUUGCAACAACAAGCAUUGUUUUCACUCGUGGAGAACGACACAAGGAAAUAUCUUGUGAAUAUUACGAUUACCACCAACAGAUAGCAGCCGAACGCACGUACGAACCUGCAAAUGAAAAAAGUUACCAAGAACGAUGAUCAGGGCAUGUUUGGCCUAAUUUUGCUGUAACCGAAAGGAACGCUUACUGAAGGUAGAUUCUUGUUAACUUGACCCGAUGAAGUCACUCAUCGCAAAUCUGCGCCUAUAGAUUAGCUGUUGUACGUGCCUGUGUCUGUGUUCGAAUGGUUUUGUAUUUGUGUCUGGGCUAUUCAGCGACACAACCAGAUCGCAGCCACAGUAAUUGUCAUUGCCGAUGCCGUUGCUACUGUUUGACGACCAUCUGUGGCAGCCACACCGCUGUCUGUUCCGCCCGCCCUGUCCCCUUGUAACUAUUAACGGUUCUUACGUCGACGUUCGAGCGAUCAAUUUUCGCUGAUCUGUUGCGCCGGCUCGUGCGAUCGCUAAACGACGCGAACAGCAUUUGUCAUGGUUGGUCGUCUUCUCGGUGGUCAAUAGGCGGUCUGACAUCCUGUCAGGUUCAACAUAACCACAACAACCACGGGCCGUAUCGUUCAUCCAAUGGCCAAUGUCCACAGGAGGGAACAGAGCAGGCUCGAAUGACUGACUCUGGUAAAUAGGAAUAGAGCCACAACAAAAUUUGCGCUUCAUGUUAAUGGUAACUAUAGUAGUUUAGUAGCGAUUGCUUGUUGAGUGGUGUGCGUGCGCGCUUCUGAUGUAGCAAAAGUUCAAGAAUCUCCCUUACUUUUUACCUGUGUUAUUGUGUCCAUAGGAAACAAUAGUACUCUAAUGUUCUAUGGAAGUUAGUUUGUCCGAGAUGGUGAAAGAGCUUGUUGAGGGCUGGCCGUCGUGUUUAUCAUGCGUCUCCGCUUUCGGCGAGUGGGACAAACUCAGCGGCGUCGGCACGAACGCGUGGCUCUAAGCGUCACGGCUGUUCGGCAAACCGUAGAGAGUUGCCACACACGACCGCCGUCGUUGACGUUGGCGCUGCGACGCAGAGAAGAGCUCCAACUGAACAACGGAGAAAGGAGAACAAAAGGGAGAGGUCGACAGGCAGCGCCAGGCUGCUUCUCCCCCCACAGGAACGGUAACGGCACACGACAAUGACGGUUCUAUAAACAUCGGCGGCAGCGAAAACAACAAAAAAGGACAAGAUCUAUUCUAAUACAGAUCGACAGAUCAAGGAUAACGACGACAUCGAUCAAGGCAACGUGGUGGUAACGGCAGUGUUCUUAGGCAGCUUGUUGCACUCUGGCUGCUCCAGUCGAAACAGCAGCAGCGGCAAAAGGAGUAGCUGCAGAAGUAACAAUGGCAGUGAGCGCCAACGCCGUCCGACUAAUUCUAGUUUGUUGGUAGAAGUCAGUCGAGCGGACGACUUAUGCUAUGCUAAAUGCUAACCACUAACGAAAGGUUGAAGAUCAUCGAAUCGCAAUGUAUCGAAAAGUAUAGAGUGUAGUUCGACAGAGACCAGGCCAAACUGAUCCUACAGCGGCAACAGGCCCAACUGUCGUUCUCGUUUCGUAGUCGAGUUGAUUGCUGCUGUUGCUACAACCAUUACUUCAGUUAUGCUUAAACGAUUGGAGCUUUGAUGCAGCGUAAAUCAGUACUGGCUAACACUAGGUGUUCUGAGCGCAAUCACACAAAGAUAACACACGCUAACAAGCGUUUGGAACAAACAAGUCGUGAGCAGAAGAACUUUCGUCGCUGCUGCUCGUGCGUGUAACGAGCUUUGGAAAAUACGGCGAGCGUGAUUCUGGCCUAGAAACGAUAAGGGCCUAAUUAAACCGUUUUGAAGCAAGGCGUCUGUCGACGGCGACAUUUUGCGGCCUGAUGCAACACUGAUACCUCGUAAUUGUGAUUUCGGUGAAGAAACGUAUUGCUAGUGCCAUUGUCAGAGGGCCGUUGUUCCUCACUUUACUGCUGAAUGAUGAAUAGCGAGGAACCAUUAAAGUUCACCCUGAAGUCGAAGAAACUUAAAAGUGAUGCUUGUAUCCAAGCUGACAUGUGCGCGUGUUCAUCUCGUAGCCUUGCACGAGUGGAAAGUCUUGUGGAUAAACUCGAAGCCGUUUUGGACCGUAGCAAUGGAGCCCGCAUCUUCAUCGAUGCGCUUCGGGGCGUUCGAGAUCCAGUAAUUAGAAGGGUGGUAAAAGAAAAAGGACAUUCUACACGGAAUGUGUUCCUGGAGACCGAGCCUAUCGAACGUCCUGAUAAAAGGGGUCGAUUAAGUCGCCACGACGAAUCGGCCAACAACCACAAAGCUCGAUCGCCAUUAGCCAAAAAGCGAAGAUCGUAUUCAGGUAGCGCCGACGAGCAACGGCGAAAAGAGAAAAAAUGUAAAAAACGGUUGCGUCGAUCUCGAAGUUGUUCUUCAGGCUCUUCUUCUUCAGAUAGUGAGGCCGAAAAUUCAGAGCACAGCUCUGACCAUGGCGUCCGCAAAAAAUCGCGUCGCAGUAAGAAGAGAAAGAAGGACAAACACAAGGGCAAGAAGAAAUCUCGGCGAGAGAGCUCGUACAGUGGCGAUGAACGAAGAAAACGGCAUCAUCACCAUCACAGCAAGGAGAGAAGCAAAGGAAAUCGGGCCGACGAUGACGACAGGCAAACCGAUAGUAAACAUCUACAACAGCGUCACAAGAGUCGUAGCAACGACAAGAGCCGAAGAGAUGAAUCGAGAAAACCCCGUGGCGAUGAAGUUUGCCAUUCCGACAAAAACGUACCAGAGCAAAAAUUUGCUUCAGGGGCUAGUAAACUAUCGUUUAGCCCACUAUGCGAUGAAGAGCCUACUGAGGAAAAGGCUAUCGAUUAUCGAGCUUCCGACAAGAAUCAUGUCGAGCUGUUGAUGAAACUGCCUAGCAAGAAGGUCGUUCCGGGCCGAUGGCUUGACGAAGACGAGACCCACAAGCCGGAAGCUGAUCUUACAGGAACUGGCAGCAGUAGCAAAGCAAUCAAAGCAAAAACACCCAAUGGAAACGAAGUCAGCGCUUCGAAACAAAUCCAGGAAGUUCCCGAACAAUCCGGAUCGAUAGCCAUUAAAGGCAGUCCUAGGUCAGUGGCGUGCGAAAAGCUGGUGUUUGCUAACCAACAUUCCGACUCUUUAGAUGCAGAGGAACGAUUACUGAAUAACGAUUUUCCAAAAUCGCUGCGAAUCCAGCCAACGGCGAAAAAAAAUUUCGCUCUUACGACGGACGCCGCUGUGAGGACGGAAACUGAUCAGCCGGCAGGACCUUCAAAGGGCCGCUCUUUACCAUCAACGCAUCAUCGAAUGUCGCUAUCACGCCAGUCAAGUUCCUCUCCUGACUGUGCAAAGAUACGGAAGCUUCUCGCUAGCAAAAAGGUCACGUCGCCGGAUACACCCUCGAGCAAUGUCAGUGGAACAAGUAACGGAAGAAGUGAUUUGCGCAAUGGCAGCCGAUCGCCACCGACUGGACGAACUGGGUCGCACAGCCGUAGCCGAUCGAAUUCGCGGAGUCGCACAAGUACUUGUGCUGGAGGCGAUGGUAUAGCCGGAGUCAACGGUGUCGGAGUACAUUUCAUGAACUCUACGACUUCUUGCAAAGAGCCCGAGUUGAGCAAGUGGGAAAAGAGCGACGCAUUGCCAGCAGCCUACCGCAGCCGUUCGAACAGCCUUUCCAAGUCCCGAUCGGCGCAUUCCUUGUCAAGAUCUCGAUCCCGAGAACGAUCUGGCGGCGGUAGAAGCCGCAGUCAUAGUCGCUCUCGAAGCCGCUCAGGCAGCGCUCGUUCGAGACGGUCGAGGUCAGGAUCGGGACGUCGUUCCACAUCAAGACGACCGGGCUCCCGAGGAAGGUCAAGAUCAUACUCAAGAUCAAGCUACUCGUCACGUUCGCGGAGCAGGAGUCGGCGAUAUUCCAGCAGGUCAAGAAGUCGCUCAUACACUCGGUCUAGGUCGCGAAGCCGGAGUCCAUCUAUUCCUAGGAGGGCUGGUUCGCCUAGCUUCCUUGACAAACGUCGGAUUACGAGGGCGCCUGAUGGGCCCUCCUGGAGAAAGCGUCGCCGCCAAAGCAGUUCGUGGGACUCUCGUUACUCGAGAUCGUCCAAAUCUCUAACAAGGUCAUGGAGCUCGACUUCGACUAGAUCGAACGAGAGCAGCUCACGCAGUCGUAGGCGUCGGCGAAGGCACAGCUCGUCGUCAAGUACCAGUUCCGGUUAUUAGUCUCCCCUCCAACGAGCAAGCCCAUAAACAAAGUCUAGUCGGAUCUAUCCAAAGAAGUCUAUGCUAGACUUCUACAAGUACAGCUAAUUCACCGCUGUAAAGUAAAUGCAGCUGUUUGUUUCUAAUCGAGGGGAACGUCGGGUGUCUUUCAGCACAAGUGCAAUAGAAAACAGUCUUUCGUGUCCAUCGAAAAUUAAAACGUGAACAUUGUUUGGCUCAACUUAAUUAGCUCAUUGUUUCACCAAACAAGCUUCUCUUCACUAUCUACUACUGCAAGCAUGAGAAUCUUCAUUCCAGUUGCUGGUCAGCACAGCCUAAAUCAACUAAUGCCAAACAAGUUAUGCUUCUUCUAUCUGCAUGAAGUUUUUCUACCCAUUUCAAUAUUUCAAGUACGAAAAGGACAUUUAUGUUGUAUAAUCUAUAAGUGCAACUCAACGGGCCAAAGGUAUCGAUGGCCAGUGCAAUAUUUCCAUACGAUCUCUAGUACAAUCCAGUUGCGGCUACGGUACGGGCCGAUGCGGAUCAAGUCAUUUGCACGACCCUAUGAUGGACGUAUGUCUGUUAAUAAGCAUAACAUAUUUAACCACGCAUGAUAAAUAAAUUGGUCACGUUUUUCCUGGAA